AAGGCUGCUUGCGCUGAACUGCACACACUCUUCAAGAUGUCCUUCUGGGUGGCAGUCGUGGUUGCCUUGGUGGUCGGUCUUUUGGGGGUCCUCUACCUGAUGGGCUUCUUCCGCCGAAGACGACCCAAUGAACCCCCUUUGGACAUAGGACUCAUUCCCUGGCUUGGACAUGCAUUGCAUUUCCGAAAUGACAAUCUGGAUUUCCUGCAAAGCAUGCAGAAGAAACAUGGAGACAUCUUCACCACCUUGAUUGCAGGACAGUACUUCACUUUCUUGAUGGACCCGUUGUCUUUCAGUGGCAUCAUCAGGGAAUCCCGAAGCAAACUGGACUUUAUUUCAUUUGCAGCUGAGCUGGUCCUCAGGGUGUUUCGAUUUGAAGCCUCCCACGACACUCACAAGAUCAUCGAUGUCUCCAGCACGAAACAUCUGAAGGGAGAGGGCCUGGUGGUGAUGACUCAAGCCAUGAUGGAUGCUUUACAGGCUGUCUUACUCCAGUGGCAAGAAACCUCCAAAGAGGAUCCAAAAUCCUGGAAAGAAGACGGCUUGUUCCACUUCUGUUACAACACGGUCUUCAGAGCUGGGUAUCUGGCUUUGUACGGUACUGAACCAGCUAAAGGUAAAAACCAGAAAGAAAAGGCAAAACAAAAAGACCAGCAUCACACCGAAGAGGUGUACAUCGAAUUCCGCAAAUACGACAAACUCUUCCCACGUCUAUCAUACGCCUUGUUGACCCCGUGGGAGUGGGGCCAAAUGAAGAACCUCUGGAACUAUUUCUGGCAGGUGCUUUCGGUGAAGAACAUCUACCAGAAGGACAACAUCAGCCAGUGGAUCAGUGACCAGGCUCAACAGCUGGCCGAAAGUGGAAUUUCAGAAGAGAUGAGAGACCGGUUCAUGUUCCUGCUCCUUUGGGCCGCUCAAGGUAACACUGGUCCAGCUUCCUUCUGGCUUCUGGAGUACCUGAUGAAGCAUCCCAAAGCCAUGGAAGAGGUCAAGAAGGAGAUCCUGGAGGUAGUGAAGAAGUCAGGCCAAGAGGUGACCUCCCAUGAGAAGCCCUUGAAUGUCACCAAGGAGAUGCUAAACCAAACGCCCAUCCUGGACAGCGCUGUGGAAGAGACCCUGAGGUUGGUGACAGCGCCAUUGUUGAUCCGGCUGAUUUUACAAGACAUGGACUUGAAGCUCCACAAUGGGAAGUCCUACCUGUUGCGUAAAGGUGACAAAAUCGGCCUCUUUCCUUAUCUCUCGGCCCACAUGGAUCCUGAAAUCCAUCCAGAGCCCCAGGUCUUCAAAUAUGACCGUUUCCUCAGCCAAAACGGCAACAAAAAGGAAUUUUUUAAGAAUGGCGAGAAGGUGAAAUAUUUCACCAUGCCUUGGGGAGCUGGGACCUCCAUGUGUCCCGGCCGCUACUUUGCCACUAACGAAAUCAAGCUUUUCACCUUCCUGAUGCUGGCUUGUUUUGAUCUGGAACUGAUCAAUCAGCAGGAAGAGAUCCCUCUCAUCAACAAGACCCGUUAUGGGUUUGGGGUGAUGCAACCCAUGAAUGAUGUCCAAUUUAGGUACCGAUGCCGGUGCUAAAGGCCAAGGCUGCGAUCCACAAACGAUGAUCCAAGAUAACCAGGGAGAUUUCACCAAUGAACUGGUUUAUCUCUAUGUAGUAGAAUUUCUCUCCCUCCCCCCCCCUCUCUCUGUGUGUGUGUGUGUGUUAACCCCUUUAUUUGUGCACACUUAGCUUAACUAGGGGUAUGUCACUGGUGAACUAAUUUAUCUCUAUGUUAUGCGAUCACACUCUGUGUGUGUGUGUGUGUGUGUUUGUGUGCAUGUGUGUGUUAACUCCUUUUCCUUUUGCACACUUAGCUUUCACACGAUAAUCUAGGAUAACCAGGGGUAUGCCCCUGGUAAACUAAUUUAUCUCUAUGCUAUGGAAUCAGACUCCCUCUGUGUGUGUGUGUGUGUGUGUGUGUGUGUGUGUGUGUGUGUGUGUGUGUGUGUGUGCGUUAACUCCUUAUUUUCCUUUUGCACACUUAGCUUUCACACGAUAAUCUAGGAUAACCAGGGGUAUGUCCCUGGUAAACUAAUUUAUCUCUAUGUUAUGGAAUCAGACUCUGUGUGUGUGUGUGUGUGUGUGUGUGUGUGUGUGUUAACUCCUUCUUUUCCUUUUGCACAUUUAGCUUUCACACAAUAAUCUAGGAUAACCAGGGAUGUCUUACCAAUGAACUGUUUAUGUUAUGAAAUCAGGCUGUGUGUGUAUGUCUGUCUGUCUCUCUUCGUAUUAAUUCCUUCCUUUCUUUUUGCACACUUAGCUUGCACUAAAAAACAAUCCAGAAGCCUUCCUGAAAUUAAUCCUCCCAAAUGGUUUUUCUUUCCUUCCUUUCCAGUUCAAGUUUAGCUUUCCAAACUUGCUAUAUUUUUUUAAGUGCAUCCAGAGCCAGCAUAUUAAUGUACACAAAUGGAGUUGUGUCUUUUAUUGAUCUGAGGUUCCUAGUGAAAUGUACUAAGGGGCUUUUGAAGAGACAGAGGAAUUCCAGAUAAGGGAUUCUUCCUUUGUGAGUAGCAAAAAUGCAGCUAGUCCUCAACUCAGGACCACAAUUGACCCCAAAAUCUCUAUUGCUAAGUGAGACAUCUGUUAAGUGAAUUUUGCCCAUUUUAUGACUUUUCUUGCCACAGUUGUUAAGUGAAUCACUGCAGUUGAUUAGUUAGUAACCUGCUUGUUAAGUGAAUCUGGCUUCACCAUUGGCUUUGCUUGUCUGAAGGUCACAAACAAGGUCUGUGCCCUUGUUUUUAUCAGAUGUGGACAGAGGAAACAUGAAGAAAAGUGAACUUUGGCUAUGGCAAACAUUGACCAAAGUGUCAUUUUGCUGAGCUAGUAAAAACAUGACAAUGAUAGAGAUUGCAAAAUUUUAUUUUAUUCUUCCAAUGGAAAGCUAAGGAAAAAGGAAAUAAAUACCCACCCCUUUACAGUUUGUUUUUAAAAGCCAUGCUCAAAGCUUUCUAAAUCUCUGGAGGUUUUAAAGAAGAGAUUGGACAGCCAUUUGUCCAGAAUGGAAUAGAGAUUCCUGCUUGAGCAGUGGGUUGGACUAGAUGACCCCCAAGGUCCCUUCCAACUCUGUUAUUCUGCAUUUUGUUUGUGUGCUCGCUAGGAGAUGAGCCCUAUUUGAGGGGACAGCAUCAAACCAUCAAUUCUGGCUUUAUAUGGGCACUCCUCGACUUACGACCACAACUGAGCCCCAAAUUUCCAUUGCUAAGUGAGACGGUUGUUAAGUAAGUUUUGCCCCAUUGGAGAUGCUGCAACGGUCGUAAGUAUUGAAAACAGUCAUAAGUGACUUUUUUUCAACACCAUUGUAACUUUGAACAGUCACUAAUCAAGCAGUCGUAAGUCGAGGACUAUCUAUAGUUAUUAUUUCUGCUUCAUCAUUGUAAUAAUUAUUCUUUCUUUCAUCAGACCCCCAAGGCACCCAAAUUCACUUUCAAACAGAAAUUCGUUUUAUGUUUGCAAGUGAAUUUUGUUAUUUUUCCUGGCAGGGAUGACUCAGAAUUCCACAGUUCCUGGCUUCUGGCCAAGUUAUUUCAAAACAGGGCAGGGGAUGAAAUAAUUUAAAUAAAGGAGAUGAGAAGAACACAGCUUUAAAGCUCAACAAUAAUAUAAAACAAAAGGAAAAA